CAAAGUAGAGAAAGAGAGCAAACUUGGUCCCUUUUUCUGAUCUCUCACAUUAUCCACUUCCACAGUUCCAGCCGUACUACCUUUACUCUCUCUCUUUUCUAUGGCUGAUGGGUAAUUACUAUAACUUACCCAAACAAGAAUGCAUCAGAUCCACGCCUUCUCGCUCUCUCACUCUAUAUCUAUAUGUUCCUCUUCCUCUAUUCCCACACGGCGUCGUUUCGUCACCAAACCCUCUCCUUACAAACCCAAUCUCAAGCCACUCACCUCCCGCGUCGUCCAACUCACUCGUCGAAGACAACUUCAUAAGAUAUUAGAGGAGAUCGAGGUUGCGAAGAAACGGCACGGGAAGCUGAACACAAUCGUGAUGAACGCGGUUUUGGAAGCCUGUGUUCACUGCGGCGACAUUGCUUCUGCGCUUAAGAUUUUCGCUGAUAUGUCACUCCCACACGGUUGUGGCGUUGACACUAUAUCUUACUCUACACUCUUAAAGGGGUUGGGUCUGGCUCGAAGAAUCGAUGAAGCAUUUGAAUUACUUGAAUCUGUGGAGCAAGGCACUGCUGUGGGGAAUCCAAAGCUUUCUGCACCACUUAUCUACGGCCUGCUUGAUGCUUUGAUUGAAGCUGGAGAUUUACGCCGUGCUAAUGGUCUUCUUAGGCGAUAUGGUUUUGUGCUUCGUGAAGGCGGUAAUCCUUCAGUCUCAGCGUAUAACUUAUUAAUGAAGGGAUAUAUAAACACUGGCCAUCCUCUGGCCGCUAUAGCCGUGUACGAAGAGAUAUUGCGUUUAGGGUUAAAGCCUGAUAAGCUCACCUAUAAUAAGCUAAUCUAUGCUUGUGUCAAGACUGACAAAUUGGACAUAGCAAUGCACGUGUUGGAGGAAAUGAAGGACAGAGCACAGAAAUUUGGCCAUGAUGAUCUUUUCCCUGAUGUUGUCACCUAUACAACAUUACUUAAGGGUUUUGCACUUUGCAAGGAUCUGCUUUCACUUCAGAAGAUUGUAUUGGAAAUGAAGUCAUGUCAUAAUUUGCUUAUAGAUCGAACUGCAUACACUGCAAUAGUUGAUGCAUUGCUAAAUUGUGACGCAUUCAAGGAUGCUCUUUGUAUAUUUGGAGAAAUGCUAAAGCAGGCUGGCAGAAAUUCAGACUUGCGACCGAAGCCUCAUCUCUAUCUUUCCUUGAUGCGUGCUUUUGCUGGUAGAGGAGAUUAUGAUAUGGUCAGAACCCUGCAUAAGCGCAUGUGGCCGGAUACUGCUGGAACUAUCUCCCUGACAAGUCAAGAAGAAGCUGAUAAUCUUCUCAUGGAAGCAGCUUUAAAUGAUGGCCAGGUUGAUGAGGCUGUUGAACAUCUAACAAAUAUCAUUAAAAGAUGGAAGGGAAUAUCAUGGACAAGUCGAGGAGGCUUGGCUGCUCUGCGCUUAGAGGCUUUGUUGGGAUUCACCAAAUCCAUGUUCAGUCCUCAUCUACUGCCUCAGGUAUCACCAGAUGAACCAAUUGAGAGUAUUAUGAUUCCUUUUGAAGCAUCUCGGCCUCUACAUGGUACUCUGGCCUUGAAGAAGGUGGUUAUGCGCUUCUUAAAAAAUCCAGUUGUGCCUAUAAUUGAUGACUGGGGCAGCUGCGUAGGACUAUUGCAUCGUGAAGACUGCAAUGAGUUGGAUGCGCCACUCUCAACAAUGAUGAGAAGCCCACCUCCUUGCGUAACAAUCAUGACAUCUAUUGGUCAUGUGGUUGAUCUAAUUUUGGAAAAGAGAUACAAAAUGGUUAUUGUUGUAAGAUAUAGCAACAUAUAUGGUACUCCUUACAGCUCAGGCUCAAGGGCCUUUGGAGUUUUUACAGCGGAACAAUUGUGUAGGCUUGUAACAUCAAUAUCAGAGUUGCCUGGGCAAACGCUUUCAGUCUGUAGAAGAAUGUAAAUAUUUGAUGAUAUAUUUUUGUUUUUGUCUU